UGAAAAUCCCGAUCCGAUUCCACUUCCUGAUGUUUGAGAUGAACUUGACGAAAGAGUUCGUUAAGGCUCUGACCUAAGCAUACGAACGAUUCAACCAAUUGACACCACUUUCGAGCUCGUUAAUUGACGUAGGAAGUCUUCUUCUCUAAAGUGGAAGGAUCGUCAGGUAUUUUCUCGGAAGGAGAAGUUGUUUUUGAGGACAUUUUGUGAGCUGGGUCGAGCUGGAAUGAUGGCAGACCAACUUGAUCCUAAGUGGUACUUUGGUCCCUUGACUCGACAUGAAACAGACAACAUUCUUCAGAACACUAAGGCUGGGACGUACCUUGUCAGAGACAGCAGUACUUGUCCAGGAGACUAUGUACUCUGUGUCAGUGAGAACAGCAAAGUGUCCCACUACAUUAUCCACUUGCCAAAAGACAAGGACAUCUAUAUGAUUGGUGACCAGACGUUUACAAGUCUUCCCAGCCUAUUGGACUUCUAUAAGAUGCACUUCUUGGAUACCACGACGCUCAUCGAACCGUGCCCCAAACACCAAGAGCAGAGAGAAAUAGGCGGCUUUGAGCCAGUAGCUCCCAUUCACCCUGUACAGAACCCUCCUCCGCUACCCCCCAUGGAUCAUCCCAGGGGACAGGGGCUCGGCUUGGUCUGCAAAGCUCUCUACAAUUUCAAGAAAACAGACGAAGAAGACCUUGCCUUCUCAAAGGGCGAAACUUUGACUAUUAUCAGAAAGGAUGAGGACCAAUGGUGGCUAGCCAGGAAUGCAGCGGGUGAGGAAGGUCUGGUACCUGCCCCCUACAUCAAACCUGUAUCAGAUCAGAGGUCCAGCAUGGAGGGUAAAGGGGGCGGAGACGGCAGGCUCUCAAUGGGGGAGGAUGGCAAGACAUCCAGCCAAGACCAAUAUAAGGUUAUAACCACAGUCAAAACCAACACCGUACAACAUGCACUGGUCACGCAAGAGAGAGUGCCCUGUGCAUACGACUCCACACAACUCAAACUAGAGGUUGGAAGUAUAAUUAAAGUGCUGGACCAGAACGUGUCUGGCAACUGGCAAGGAGAGGUGAACGGCAAAAAGGGCUACUUCCCGUUCAAUAGGGUCCGGUUACUAGACCAAAAGACCUACGAGGGACUAAUAGAAGAAAAAAGAAAAGCCAACGGUGCCAAUGCAUAAUGUCAGGGGUGUGUUACCCUUCGUUAGCCAAGACAAAGAAAAAGAGAACAAAGAGAGACAAGACUUUAUGUACAUCUAUCACUCCACUGUAUAUAACCAUCUAGACCAUUGUGAAUACGAUCCCGUAUAAACUCUGCAUGCGGGUGCCCAGAGUUUUUUUAUUAUUGGAAGCUGGACAGAAGGAUUUAUUACUUAGGAAGUUACAAUAAAAUACACAUGACUGCAAGGAAUCUAUAAAGUGGAAAGCAUUGGUUGGAACUGUAGAGGUGGAACAGGAGUGAAACGACAUUUCGAUGGUGAAACACUAGGAAAAGUGCUUCGUGGAGCUCCAUGGCGCAAUGGUGAGAGUAACACAUCCAAGGAAGAUCCAAGGUGAUACACCAGGGGCAGCACACCCCAAGAAACUCCAAGGUGAUACACCAGGGGCAACACACCCCAGGAAACUCCAAGGUGAUACACCAGGGGCAACACACCCCAGGAAACUCCAAGGUGAUACACCAGGGGCAACACACCCCAGGAAACUCCAAGGUGAUAUUACCAGGGACAGCACACCCCAGGAAUCUCCAAGGAGAUACACCAAGGGCAGCACACCCAAGGAAACUCCAAGGUGAUACACCAGGGGCAGCACACCCAAGGAAACUCCAAGG